UUUUUGUUUACGUUGGAUGCUUGUUUUUGUUUUGGAUGUGUUUGGAUUAUUGUUGCUUCUAAAUUAACUUAGCUUCCAGAAAUGAGUGUAUCUAAUCCUGACGAUAGCUGGAGCACUGGGAGAAAUAGAUCUGUUCCGAGUGAUGAACCCAAUGAAGAUGCAGAAUCGGUGGACGAAGCAUUUGAAAUCGUCUUUGAAGAGAAGGGUUCGAAAUUGUUCUCAUGCAAACAGUGUAGAAAGCGGUUCCGCUCGGAGACGCUUUGUAUGCGUCACAGAGCUGCAGAACACAAUGGGAAGAUCCGGUCACAUUUGAAACGACACAACAAUGAGCGGAAACUGGAAUGUGAAGCAUGCGGAGCAUGCUUUCGACGAAUUGAAACUCUCAAUAAGCAUUGGCUUGCCAAGCAUGGUUCACCACAAAUUGAGAAUGAACAUAUUAAUAAAUCCACCGGUACCGAAUCUAAGAAGGAUACCCUUUCCUGUGGCAUGUGUGAUGCGGUUUUCAAAAGUCGAGAAGGCAGACGAAUUCAUAUGAUUUUGAAACACAAUGCCGGCAAGACGUACAAAUGUGAGGAGUGUCCGAUGAUUUUUGCCCGGAAGGGGAACCUGCGUUUGCAUAUGACAACCCAUGGGGUACGACUGCACGUGUGCAGUGUUUGUGGGAGAUCCUACGCACGGAUUGAAAGCUUGCGGAAUCACGAACAGGCCUGCGCGGAGGGAAGCAACGGGGGGCUGUUUUGUGAGGUUUGCGGUCAGCGGUUUCGGAAGCAAGAACUGCUGGAAAAGCACAAAUUGCAGGGUCACUCGGAGAAGGAGUAUCUGUGUAAUCAUUGUAGCCAAGGAUUCGAGACAAAGCGAGCGCUAAGUCAUCACGUGCGGGUUCACGAAGGGACAUUUCAGUGCGAGCACUGUUCGCUUAAAUUUGUCACGGAGAACGCGCUGAAGAAUCAUGAGAAGAGUCGGCAUUGGGAGAUUCUGGGAAUCGAACGUAAACAGGGCAGGCAAGGAAAGCGGAGAGAUGCUAUGGAGGGAACAAAAGAGCCGAAGGUGAGGGUGAGAAGGAACAAAUAUAAUCCAUUCAUCGGAAUGGAACAUUUAGCGGCGCAAUCGGAGAAGACCGGGGAUGUUGAGAAGAAAUCCGAGGGCAUCAGUGAUCAAUCAGUUAAUAUUUGUACAAAGGAAGGCACGUCCAGAAGUACAUUCGAAACAGUACCUGACAAACCAGAAACGUUAGAAUCAAACCUAGAUUCAACUUUUCAGGAGGAUGACGAUAGAAUUCCUAACAACAAACCGACUGACGAAAAGCUUGAAAUUGAAAACUUGUCUAGGUUACAUUCGAAUCUUGAGUACACAAUUACUGCACCAUCGAAAAGUGGAAUUGAAGUGGAGACCCCUGGCGCUAUAUUAAGCCAUGAGCAGGAUAAUGUCCAACAGCGGGAUACCAUAACAAUUUCCUCGCAUGAAGUAUAUUUGAAGGAAACAUUUAAUGAAUCAGAAUCAUCCGACUGCACCAUUGAUAGUGUGGACGGGCAUCGUGAUGAUCCAGAUUCGCCCAAUGAUGAGGGAGAUGGCGAUGAGGGGAGUUCACAAAAUGCUCUGACGCCAAUUGAAGAAAAACCAAAAGGCCGACGGAAACGAACAACGUCAAACGGUGACAAACGCGUGGCGGAGAAACCCUUCCCGAAAAAGUAUCGCUGCGAAGAUUGCGGCAAAACAUUUGCCCAUCGACCCUGGCUAACAUCGCACCGGGCGAAGGCACACGGGAUUGAGGAAAAGGAUGUUCCACCGCCCAAGAAGAAUCGCAUUCAUUUCUGUGAUAAGUGCAACGCAAGUUUGAGCGAUUGGCGCAAUCUGCUUUAUCACCUGAGAAACGUUCACAACGAGACAAUCAAUGAGGAUGAUUUGACCAAGUGUGAUACUUGCAAGAAGAGAUUCAUCAGUGCGGAAGGGCUGAAGGGACAUUCCUGCGUGAAGGGCAUCUAUUUGAAUCGAAAGGCUCACUACAAGUGUGAGCUGUGCGGGAAAGCUUACUACAGUCAGCAUGGUUUGGACAGACAUCGUUCGGUGCAUCCGGAGAAUCAUAAAGUGAAAUGUGACAUCUGUGAGAAGCCUUUCGCCGACGAGAAGGAUGUGAAAUAUCACAAAAAGCGAGUGCACGUGGAUGCUAGGUUUGUUUGCGAUGUGUGCGGGAAGUCGUUCAAGCUGCUAACUCAGUUGAGGAUACACGUUCAAGUGCAUCAGGAGCUGAAGCGUCAUCAGUGCGAGUUCUGUGGGAAGUCAUUUUCACAGCGCAAUGGAAUGACUACUCACCUGAAGAUAGCACAUGCCGAACAGCUUGGAGAGCAAGCGAUGGCGGAGCGGGAGCUGACGUGUGAGAUUUGUGACAAAAAACUGAAGGGAAAAGUGUGCUACAAACUUCACAUGAAGACUCACACGAAUGAGCGCAACUUCCCUUGCUCGUACUGUGACAGGUCAUUCGUGGCGAAACAGGACAAAAUUCGGCACGAGCAAACACAUACGAAAAACUAUCGGUUCAAGUGUCGUUUCUGCGAUAAGGGAUCGACCAGAAGGAAGUUGAUAUUGUUGCACGAGGCUAAGAAGCACAACUAUGUUAGUGCGGAAUCGAUUGGUCCGUCGCACAAAUGCUCCAUCUGUGGCAAAAGCAUGAGCUCACCGUCCGCACUGGCAAUCCACGAAUCGCUUCACAGCGACGACCUCACGGUGAAGUGUGAGCAGUGCGAUAAGAUGUUUAAAAAUGUGAAAUAUAUGAAAUAUCAUUUGAAUGCUCAUCAUCUAAAAAAGGUGGGUAGCGUCAAGGGGUCCAGGAAUAGAAAAGCUGAUGACUUACAGAAUCUACAGACAGUCGAGAGUGUGCAGCAUCAGGAUCAAACGAGUGAACGCUUGAGCGAAGGUGUGAGGUGAUCACAAUCUGGGUGUUGGUGAAUCCUGUCCGUCCGGAUCUUUUUUUAUUGUAUCAUAACAUCUGUUCUUACAGAAUAACAAA